AUGAACAGAAGAAUUGAGAAGGAAUACUUCCGUCUUGUACGAAAAAUAUUAAAGUCUAAACUGAAUAGUGGGAAUAUGGUCCAAGCAAUCAAUUUUAGGGCAGUGGCAGUAGUGUGAUAAGCGGCAGGAAUAGUGGAGUUGACGAAAGAAAAUACACACUAUGGAUAGGAAAACGCGCAAAUUUAUGACUCUACAUCAUGCUUUGCAUCCGCAGGCUGAUGUUGACAGGCUUUACUUUAAAAGAUCAGAGGGUGAUAAAGGAUUAAUGAGUGUUGAGGACUCUGUAAAUAGUGAGAUCAAUAGUCUCUGCAGGUAUGUUUAG